AUAUGAAUUUCAGGUCCUACGACAUUCCCAAGACGACCGGUGGAACUUCUUCUGCCGGUCCACAUUCAAAAACAAUACCGGUCCAGAGGGAAACAGUUGAGAUCCACUCUGAGGAGGAAACUCCUCAGACCGGGAAGGCGACUCAGACAGGGAAAGACCCGGUAGAUCCUAUCCCCGACAAGGGAAAAGGAAAAAAGAGAGUGAAGCAUGCGGCCACCAACCAUCCGUCGGCCAAGAGGAGAAGGGGAGAAAACGCCCCGGCUGAAGAGUCGCUGGAGGAGCUCUGUGUCAAAUUGACCCUCAAGCUGAAAGAGAUGGGCGAAGUUAGGUCCGACGCCUUGGAGCAACUCACCGAAGAUUCCUCCUCCCGGUUAGCCCAACUGGAAGAAAAGUUAAAGAGAUCCGAGGCCCACAACCGGGAGCUCAAGGACCUGACGGCCCGGCAACUAGAUGAGAUGGCCAAUCUCUCAGCGAUUGCCGGGGGGGCCAAGGCGGAGACUCUUCAGCUGAAGGAAGAGAAAUUGAAGCUGAUGGACGAGUUGGAGUCCAAGGAGCGUGAGUUUCCCGGUAGGGCCUGUCAGUGGAUAGAGGACAACUUGGUCGAAGCUGCCCGGGUACUUACUUCUUCUGAAGAAAGGACGGUGGAAGGCUUCAAGAUGUUGUACCGGGAUGAGCAAGGGAAAGAGAUGAUUACCCAGAUUGGCUCCUAUGGUUUCAUGUCUGGCCAAAAGCGAGACCGGGAGGCCACCUAUGCGAUCCUUGCCGAACGGGAUCCGGACAUCAAUGCCGAAUCAUACGGCCUGGCUCCCUUUCCGGAUGAUGAGCCUGCACCUCCUUUUCCUCUCGAGUAAUCUUCCCGGCUGCGACCGGUUGCAUCGUUUUGUAAAACUUCAAACUCAUUUCCCCGGGAAUGCCCGGUGUAGCUGUAAAACACGUGACUUUCUUAUUUUGUUGAAUGCCAUGUUUGUUUUUCAUACCGGUUAAUCUUCCAUAUCUGCUUACUUCUUGAUUGAUACUUCGUUACUGCUUCUUAGAAUACCAUCAUAGAAACUCUGACCGGUACAUAAAUCAGACCACUCCUC